AUGGAAGAGAAUGAUUCAGAUGCGACACUUCCAUCAGAUACAUACACAAAAUCUCAAUUACCUUCACAACGUUCUGUUCGUCAGAAACACGAUUUGGCUUGGGCACAUGUCACUCAAACUUUAGAUUCAGAAGGAAAAAGUAUUCUUACUUGUGAUUUUUGUGGUCAGAAAAACAAGGGAGUUGGAAUAAACAGAAUGAAACAACAUUUAGCUGGACAGAAAGGAAAUACCAAUGGAUGCAAAAAAGUUCCUCCAGAAAUUCAAUACGCCAUGAGAAAAUCACUGAAAGAAAACGAGGAUAAAGCGAAAGAGAAAAGUGGGAUUAAUAUUAGGAGACAAUUUCAUGAUGUAGAUGAUGGUCAAGGCUCUCAUCAAGGUUGUGUGCCGAGUCAGAAAAGAAAGAGUACAUGGGCUGAUACUGGUUGUACUUUGAUGGCUGAUGGAUGGAAAGAUACAAGGCAAAGACCAUUAAUCAAUUUUCUGGUUUACUGUCCUAAAGGGAUAAUUUUCAUCAAAUCAGUUGAUGCUUCUGGAAUAUAUACAAAUGCAGAGAAUUUGUGUAAUCUAUUUGCUGAGAUUGUGGAGAUGAUUGGCCCCCAAAACGUGGUCCAUAUGGUGACAGAUAAUGCCCCUAACUACAAAGCUGCUGGUGCUAAGCUUGUAGAAAGAUAUCCUGCUAUAUAUUGGUCCCCUUGUGCAUCCCACUGUAUUAUUUUGAAAUUUCAAGAUGUGGGACAACUACCUCACGUGGAGAAGCUAACCAGUUAUGCAUCAAAGAUAACUGUGUUUAAGUAUAAGUAUAACCAUAAGCAUAUCUUGAAUUGGUUAAGAAACAGACCAGGGUGGAAAGAGAUAAUUCGUCCGGCAGAGACUCGUUUUGCUACAAAUUUUAUAGCUUUGCAGAGUUUGCUUAGUCAUAAGGAUUAUUUGCAAAGUAUGGUGGUUGAUGAGGAGUUCAGAAAGAUAUCGAGAUCAGAGAAAACAAAGCUUGUGAAACAACUUAUUUUUGAUGAAGAAUUUUGGAAUGGGUGUUUUAUGAUUGUGCAGAUUAUGACUCCUUUGAUCCGUUUGCUGCGUAUUUGUGAUGCUGAUGAGAAACCAUCUUUGCCUUAUGUAUAUGAAGGGAUGUAUAGGGCACGGUUAGGUAUCAAGAAGAUAUUCGAUAAAGAUAAAGAUCUUUACAGGCUUUAUACGAAGAUCAUUGACAAUCGGUGGGAUAAGAUGUUGCGUCGUGAUAUUUAUGCUGCAGCUUAUUUUCUGAAUCCAGCUUUCUUAUACGAUAAAAAGAAUUUUUCUGACAAGCCUGAGAUUACAAGGGGAAUGCUAAAUUUGAUUGAAAAGCAGAAUGGUGGUUUAAGUGAAACAAAACUAGUUUCCACUGUUGGCCGCUACAGAGAUCGAGAAGGAAGUUUUUCUCGGGAGAUGGCACUUAAUUGUAGAAAAACUACUCGACCAGAUGAAUGGUGGAAAUUAUUUGGUUGUGAUAUUCCUGAUUUGCAAAAGCUUGCAAUCCGAAUUCUUAGUCAAACAGCUACUUCAUCUGGAUGUGAGAGGAAUUGGAGUGUGUUUGAACGCAUUCACACCAAAAAGAGAAAUAGACCGGAGCAUCAAAGGCUCAAUGAUCUUGUCUAUGUUCAUUAUAAUUUACGUCUACAAAACAGAUCAAAGAGAAGUAGAUCAUAUGAUCCAGUUGAUUACGAGUCCAUCGAUAAAACUGAGUUUUGGAUUGUGGAAGAAGAAGAAGAAGGGGAGCUUGAUUUUUCUGAGCUACAAGAUAAACUACUUGAAGAAUAUCCUAAAGAUGAUUUGGAAAAGGAAGAUUGA